GCUUUCAAAAUGUAAAAUAGUCAACAGACUGACUACUGCAGUGAUUUUUAAUGGUUCCUAUCACUUGCUUAAAGUUAUGUAUGGUGAAUGCCACAUCCAGUUACAAAGCCUAACGUUUUACUUCUUCCACCUCUAACCUGUGACACAACUCUCCACCAAUUCUGUCCUUCUUUAAGAUGUUUCCUUGGUCCGCUGUUUUCUCCCUUGAGCCCAAAGUCCCUGGCCAGCGCACCACUGAGGAGUUGGUAACAAAUACUCUUAUGUUGGAGCUUGGGGCCAUGGUGAAACGCACCGAACGCAUCCGUUUAGAGAGGAUGACAGAGGGCCGUCGCCGUCGCCGCAGCUCCUCCUCCACAGCCGACUACAGCUGGCUGGCCAACGCCCCGACCCAACAGCCCUACGAGUUGACACCCAACGACCUACUGGAUCUGCAGGACCUGUGUGCAAGGAUCCCUCCGGCACAGUGCGGCCCUUUGAUCGUCAGGUUCAGGAGGCUGGUGUUGCAGAUGGAGCCCGAGGUUCACGAGGUUGCCCGGCUGUUUCGCUCGGUACUGCGUGAAUGCGUGGACGAGGUGAAUGGAAACAAAUACUUUCAGACGCAGGACCCGGCGUUCGAGAAGCAGCAGCGCAGCAAGAGCCUCUCCUUCGUUUCUUUCCGCACAAAGUUUCGCACUGGGCACUUCUUCAAGGGCGGUGGCAUGAGAGGCUCCAGGGGGGAUCUGCAGCAGCAGGUGGACUGGUCCGACGAGGAGGAGGAGGAGGAUGGAGGAGAGGAGGAGGCCAUCAAGGCCAGGGCAAUGAAGGGAAGGAGCAAGAGCAUGCCAGAGAUUAUGCCUAUCGAGCAAAGUGCCCAGGGGUUAUUUCUAAAAUCAAAUAAAUGAUGCUCUCUAAUCAACAGUUCCUGAUCAUAUGAUGCACAUCUCCCAAACUGUCCCAGUAAGGACAUAUUGUAUAACAGACAGGGCCGGUGACACUAGAUGAGGGCAAGUUCAGCUCAGGCCUCAUGUGGAUGUUCAGCAGCUGCUUUGGAUGACCAGCUCACUCAGUAGGUGCUAUAUUGUAUCCAUCAAGCAAGACCUUGCAGGGAAGUACUACAACCUUUGUAAUUGUAUUUUUCAUUGUGAAUGUAAAAUGUAUUUUGGGGAGAUAAAUACAUAAUGUUCGCAUCACUUCUUUGUGAUUAAAACAGCUGCUUUUUCCACAAAUCUGACCUUUUUUUUGUUUAAAUGUACAUUUGAGUGACAUUUGAGACUAAUGUGAGAUAGAUGUUAAGUUUACACUAUUCAAAUCUAUCAGUAUUGACAGAAGAGGGACACAAGAUGUAUGGAUCUUUUGUUGUUUAUUAUGGUUGACAAAGCAAAAUAUGAAUAUGUUAAUCUGUCUGGGCCUUUACUGUAAUAAACAAAGAGUGGAAAAUAAAUUCCAUAACCCUUUGUGGCGUUAACAUUUGGAAUGUAAACUGCAGCGUCACCUUGUUAAGCACCUCUCUGUCAGUCAGCUUCAGCAUGGCUAAUUAUAUCACUGCCGACUAAUCCUAUUAUCUCAACAAAAUCUCAUCCAUGAAUGCCAGCACCCCAUUGUUAUUUUAUUAAUAUGCACUUUUCUUAUCAUUACAUCAUUAUCACUAUAUUCACUUUGUACACUGAAGUCAAGGCAUUUGGCUAAAAGAAAAAACUGGGGGAAAAAUAUGAAGAAUGCUUUCUCUCUUCUUAAAAACAUGUGGUCAUUUAAAUAACAUCCUGUGCAUUAGAUAAAGGGAAGCAACAACAACAAGGAUAUCGAACCAGACACUUCCAGGGAAUCUUGCUGAAUGAGUCACUUUUAUCAGUGGGCCUUCAAAACCAGUGUCACACCUUCAAAAUCACUUAUGUCAAACCUGGGUCCUGUUCUGACACUCACAGGUUGUAUUCUUCCUGCGGCACUGAAUGUUCAAGGUUUACACUAUUACAUCAAUUCAACCUGCCUCGUGGCUGGCAACCAAGGUUGAAUUUAAAACAGUUUUCUUACAUAACUAAACAUUUCGUACAGCUUCGUUCCUGAAUUAUAUUAGUAACGCCCCCUUAAGCUGGCUCUUACUGCCUUCUUACUGUGUCAUGAGACAAAAUGCCACAAUGUCACAGUUCAUUAAGAGUCCUCAUUUGGCAAAAAGACUUUGAAAGAAAAACAAAACUUAAAUGGAUAAAAACAUAUUUCACAUCAUAACUGAAUGGUGUUAGGUGUAGAAUUGCAGAUAAAUGCAACACAGUCGGUCAUUCUCUUCACUAAAAAGCAGGCAAA